GGCCGCUCCCCAGCGGAGAUUCCCCUUCCCCCAAGGCCCUGGGCUCCCCGGUCCCCAGCCGCGAACCUCGGCCUGCAGGGAGAGGGCUGAGAUGCCCUGGGCUCCCCACACGGGAGCUGCUCUGGGUCCUAGCCCGGGGCCCCUCCCUCGUCCCAAGCGGAGUUGGUGCCCCCGCCUCGAGUUCUCACUGCGGGCUCGUUCAUGGCCUCUGCUGCUGGCGAGGCGCCGCCAGGGCCCUGCCGCGGGGAGAUCGGGCUGCAGUUCUGGGUGGAAGCCUUGCAGCCGGUUCCCGGCUUGCUGGCUCCCGCUGUGCUGCUGGGGGUCGCCUUGGGCGUCGGCGCCGCGCUCCUGCUGUGUUUCUAUGUGAUCGGGCCUCUUCUGCAAAACAAGAAAGAUGAUUCUCAAAGGCUUCUGGAAAGCUUUCACUCGGAUGUACAUGGACAUCUUGAUGAAAAUGUACCCUUACCCAGAAAGAAGACUGAAACUCAACUGUCAGAGGAGGAAAUGGUGCUGGAAGGAAAUGAGUCUUCUUUGAACAGUAACAUCACAGCAUUUGCACUCAAAGCAAAAGUCGUCUAUCCAAUCAAUCAAAAAUUUAGGCCUCUGGCAGAUGGAUCAUCCAAUCCAUCUUUGCAUGAGAAUCCAAAGCAGGCUGUUCUGCCUAAUCAGAUAAUGGAAACUUCUACUUCAAGCAGCCUUGGAUCCCUGAGUCAUGGAGGCAAGGAAGACUGUAGUUCAUGUACAACAAUACAUUCUGCAACUAGUGAUGACAGAUUUCAGGACCGAGCCUUCCUGAAGGUGACCUGCUUCCCUGAAGUUCUGACUUGUGAGAGUUUUGAUGUUAAACUGUGCCUGUAUAGUCUUCUUUUGAAAGAAUUGCUGCUGCUUGAUACUGAACUAAGAAGGGAAAAACAGGUGAUAUUUAUUCAGGUUCUCAGAACGUACCUCUCUGAUUUUUACCUUAAAAAGAAGAUUACUGAAGAGUUAUACCAGAAGAUUAUUUUGACACAAGAAACUGAUUUGGAAGAGUUACAGAAACAACUUACCUCCAGACUGCUGAGUACUGAAAUGUCGGGCGCUCGUAAUUCAGAGUACCAGACCUUAGAAGACUUAGAAAGGAAAGAGAGGGAAUAUUCUGAACAUAUCAUAGAUAAUAUGGAAGCUUUCUGGAAGCAGGCAGACAAAGCCGAGCAGUUUCUCCUGAACCAAUCAAAUUGCUCAAGUGCCAAAAGAGGAAAGAUGAUGAUGUAUCUGACUGAGAGAAUGAUUGCAGUAGAAGGCUUAUUAAGCCAGUCUCAGGAUUUGCAAGCAAUGGACAUUCAGGAAAGAAUAUUUAAUUGGGAGUUAAUGGUGAAAAUGGUCGAUUUUUUGAAGACAAAGAUACAAGAAGAAAGUAAAUGUAGACUAGAUGCUGUAGCUGGCAUAUUGGACCAAUUAACGAUAAAGAGCAACCUCUCUCUUUCGCAGAAGGAAGAGCUUUUAACAGGCCUGCACAAGGCCUUCUUGGAGCAAGUAGCACAUUGCAAUAACGAAUGUGUCCAACAAGGUAAAGACCUAAUAGUGAAACUCCUGGCAUGUCGUACAAGGAAGAUAAGAGAGAUCAAACAAGCUCAGAAGGAUGAACAAGGGGAUCUACUCAGAAAAACUCAGAAAAUAGGGGAACUUGAUGAGUUUCUGAAGGCCUGCCAUGAAAUGUUAGAGAAGCAGAGACAGACACUGCAUGAUCUGGAAGAAGAGGAUGACUGCCAGAGCACUGAGGCCAUUGCAGAGCUCCAUCAGGAACUGUGUUCUGGAACUUCCAAUGCUUUAGAUGAGUUGGUGCAAGAGUUAUUUCUUCAGACUCUUCCUACCAAGACUGGUCUGUCUUUAAGAGAAUGUGAACUUCUAAAAGAAGAAUGUCAGGAGAAUUUGAUCCUUCAAUUAGAGAAAUGGGACAGCUGUAGACAAAAGCAGUGGAAGCUCUUCCAAGAACAACUGCAGCAAGAAAAACAGCUAUGGACCAAGGAGUAUGCUCUGUGUGCUGUGAUGCAAAAACACCUGUCUGAGAAACAUGAGAAGAUUAUCCAAGGUGUUUUAAGCCGAUUAGGUGGCCUCAGUGAGGAGUCUGCUAAAUACAUAUUACAGAAGCAUAGACUCUUGCUGUGUUCAGUUCUCAGAAGGUUAGCAGUCCGAAAUGUUGCUAUGGCUACUCUGACUCACAUGAAAAUGUCCCAGAAGAAAAGCUUGCUUCAGGAGCUAAGAGAACAACAUAUUCUGCAAAAGAGUUCCUCACAUUGUCAAGAUGAACACCAGUGGCAACUACAGAACGCAAUGGAAUCUCACAUUCUGGAAGAAGAGGAGAAGCUGGAGGAGGAAACUCAACAAACACGUUUGGAAUUUCAUCAGCAGUUAGUUGCAGAAAUCCAAGAAGCUCUUCAGCUUGUGCAGCAGCACAUGGAACAAGUGAUUGGGCAGGCCUUGCUCCAGCAUGCCCGGCAAGAAGCUGCUAAGCAAAGCUCUGAUGAUGGAGAGGACUUCAAGGAGAGACUGAUAGAAGCUGCUGUAGAGAGUGUAUAUGUGACCAGCAAUGGUGUCAAUAGACUGGUGCAACGCUACUACCAGCAAAUAGAAAAAAUCAUGGAUGGGCAUGAAAAAAGAAAACUUCAACAGCUGAAAUCCUUUCAGGCAGAAAGGACUGAAAAUAACAGACUCAGAAAAAAACAAGAAGAAAAUGAACAAACAUUGAAAGAAAAAAUGAAUCAAGGCACCCAGAACACAUCAUCUGCAGUCCAUCAAAGGAUGUUGUUACAACAACAAAAAUUCUUGGCUCAGUUUGAUGUGCAGCAGCAGGUUCGUCUGGACUCCCUAAAACAGAAGAUAUUGGUAUUGCAUCAUCUAGAAACACAACUUGAAAAUCAGCUAAAGCAAGCAGAACAGGAUUUCAUCACUGAGCUAGCUGCAUUGGCCCGAGUUCCCCUCACAGUGCGCAAGCAGUCUUUAAAUAGGAGCAUACAAUCAGGAAAAAGCCAAAAAACAAAAAGGAAGACUUCCCAUUCCUGGGGAAAAGAAGAUUCUGGUGAUUUCAGUGAAAAAUGACCAGAUGCCCGAGGAACAUACUUCAGAAUCAGUCAG